UACUAGUUAUUUUGAAACCACCAUAAUAAAUAUUAAGUAUGUUAUUUAGUUUAUUUACUACUGUGCUUGAUUUAACCUUCAACAUUACUGUACCAGAGGGAAAAAAACAAUUAUCUUCAAAGGCCUGUUUCGCGUAUAUAUGUACACACUGACGUCAUAGCGUAUGCGUUUCAGGCGCGCACGCUCUGAUGUCAAACCCCGCCCACAGCUAAUUCACAAAAGACUCGCCGCCGUGCCGAGCGCUCCCGUUGGCUACUGCCAGAGCCACAGGAAGCGGCGAGAUGCUCGUUGAUUGGCUGUAAAUCUCUUUGUGUGCGGGGCAGCUGGCGUCUGGGUUGCGUUUUUGAAUGGUCUCGUAUUGGAAGGCGAAGGCGUCCAUGGGCAGCACACCAACAAAGGAGCCAGGAUGGUGUUAGUCCACGUCGGAUAUCUGGUUCUUCCCGUCUUCGGUUCCGUAAGAAGUAGAGGAGCACAUUUUAGCAGGCACCAGCAUAAUCAUGCUACCUCCUGCCGACAUUUUCACCUGGCUGCUACAGCGACGCCCCUGCCCGCUGAGUUCCCACCCCCUCCCCUUGCCCCGCCUCAGUACCAGGAAGUCCCGCCCCCUUUCCUACCUCAGGCCUUACAGCAGCAAUACCUCAUCCAGCAACAGUUACUGCAGCGCAGACGCACACAGGAGCGAGUCUCGCUGAACACACAUCGGUUACGCCCAGGAUAUGAAUAUGCUCCGCCUCUUCACAUCCCACAGCCAAUCCCACAGCAGCCCAGAUAUCUGGCAGAAGGCACCGAUUGGGAUCUGAGUGUGGAUGCCGGUGUUCCUCAUCAGUAUCCCCUGCAGCAGAUUCCUCAGCCGUACCAGCAUUACCUGCCCUCUCCCAGGAUCCACCACCUUCCCAGGAGCAGUGCCUCCACUCAUGUGGUUGUCCAUGAGAUAAGAAAUUAUCCGUAUCCACAACUUCACCUGCUGGCGCUCCAGAGUUUGAGUCCCAGCCGACACUCUUCUGCUCUUCGGGAGAGCUACGAGGAACUGCUGCAAUUAGAAGAUCGAUUGGGAAGCGUGAGUCGAGGAGCGGUGCAGACCACCAUAGAGAGAUUCACCUUCCCUCACAAAUACAAGAAGCGGAAGCCUCUGGAUCUGAAGCUCUGUGAGACUGAUGAAGAGUCUGAUGUAGAUGAGAAAUGCACCAUCUGUCUCUCUAUGCUUGAGGAUGGAGAAGAUGUCAGGCGGUUACCCUGCAUGCAUUUAUUUCAUCAGGGAUGUGUGGAUCAAUGGUUGGCCACCAGUAGGAAGUGUCCCAUCUGCAGAGUUGACAUCCAGACACAACUCACGAGCGAGAGCUGAGAUAUUAACAAAUAACUCCCAUCCUGAGAGCUGGAGCUCUUCUUCUUCUUCUUCUGCUCUUAUCAAACACAUUCAUCAGCGCAUACAGAUGAAGAAAAGCACUGCUUCUGCAGGGUUUCACACACUGUAUAUUACCUACACGCAUAUACACCUCACUAUAAUCUUAACUAAAUGAGCCAUCCGAUACGCACUUAACACACACUCACACGCUUUACUGAGCCAAUGACAAUAACUGACACUACACACCUUCACACACACACAUGCUGGUUAAACUAAAGGGUUUGUUGUGAGAAGUGACUCUGUUUGUAGCAUACGUGUGUGUAUUUGUGCAAUUCCUUAAGCCAUGAACUUAACUAAAGACCCUCAGCUUGCAUACAAUACACACACACACACACUAACUAAUGAUAAUGACACACACACACACAUAUAUAUGCGUGUAUACAUGAUAAAGCUCUUUUUUUGGCGGAUAAGACACUGUCAUAUCCAAGUGUGUGUGUGUGUGAGUGAGUGUGUCGGUCGCUGUAUUUCUGAUCUGCAAUACUGCUUUAGUCUUACACACUGGAGCUAUUUUUGGCAUUGUUUGUGUGCAUAUGUACGCUUGAUCACGUGGUACGUGUGUGUUGUUAUUUAGUUGGUCAUGGACCGGCCCGGAUGGAACCUGCAGACACCUUUUCUGUGCUGAUUAUUUUAAGAAAGGUUUGAGCGUAGUAAAAUGUGUUACGUGAACAAUUUCAUUUUAAUGGAAGUGGGUCUGUCCAGUACGCAACAAAGUUGAGAGAAGUUUAACUUCACAUAAAUGAAAUGCAAGCAAAAAAUUUCACGUCAUCCAUCCAUCUUUCUUCGUUGUGACUAGGACAACCAAAUUUUAAAACGCCCCCCAAUGACCUCAUCAAAGAGACGGGCGAGACACGCAGUUGUGCACGCAGCGUAGUACAUAAAAUUAAAAUGAGUGACAUUUCAGUUUUGCGAAAAUCUUUGGCGCUGUGUCAGAAGUGACCAAUUUCACAACGCUACAGUAUUUCCCAUGGAUAUUUUUUUUAUGCAGCAAAUUUUUGCAUAUGCAAAUCGUUUAUGCACAUUUUUUCCAACCAUUUUAUAUUAUACACCUUACUACGUCCAUUAAAGGUGCAGUGUGUAAUUUUUAGAAGGAUCUCUUGACAGCAAUGCAAAAUAAUAUAAAAAACUAUAUUAUCAGUGGUAUAUAAAGACCUUUCAUAAUGAACCGUUAUGUUUUUAUUACCUUAGAAUGAGACGUUUUUAUCUACAUACAUCAAGGGUCCCCUUACAUGGAAGUGGCCAUUUUGUGACGCCAUGUUUGUACAGAGGCUCUUAAUGGAAAUUUUUUUGAAGUGUUUUCCAACGAUGACACUUUUUUUCCGGGGGGGGCCUCUCUGUGCAUUUCAAAAGCGAGGGGUGAGCAGUGGACUGAGCUGUUGGUUGCAAUUCGCAACAUCACCACUAGAUGCUGCUAAAAUUUACACACUGCACCUUUAAAAGUAAAAACAUGUCCCGUUUCAUUUAUAACAUUGCCAAGAUUAAACUGAACGUUCAAACGUAGAUGUACAAAAAAAUGUACAAAUCAAUAUCUGUGGCAUUUUUGCCCUUGUCUUUGGAUAAUUUCUGACACCACACCAUGGUUCGGUGUCUGCAGGAUUCGUGAGGGCCCGUCACCGGGUUCGCUGUGCACCAAGGUGCAUGUUGAAAGCCAAAAAACCAACACACAUUUUCAAAAAAAGAUUAAAAACAAAUAAAAAACAAUUCCGAGUCAUUUCAAAGACAGCAGGAGGAGAGUUGUUGUCUUAAAAAACACUCCAGGCAAAAGUAGGCGGAGACUGUCGUGAUUGGUGGUUCGUGUAGAUAGGCGCAGUAGUAGUUGCAUGCAUCUGUGCUUCGGUUGUCGUUUCAAGGUACACCUGGAAGUGUGUGUGUGUGUAUGCGUGUUUGUGCGCGUGCGUAGCGGUACGAUACUGCAUGAAUGUGUAUUAGCUCCUUUAAGCUGUGACGAUCUGUAACACUAUCAGACUCAUGUAGCCUGUAUGCGUGCGUGUUCGUAUGUGAGAGACCCUGCCAUGACCUUUGACCCUAAAUGCCUACUGUUAAAAGCACAUGUGAGCAUAGCUAAAGUGCCCGGCCUCACUUUGGUGCUGCGUUGCCAUGGUUACUGUAUUUAUUAUCGGUAUUUAAAAACAUGCAGUGUUCGGAAGGGGGCGGGGCUUGUGCGUGUCCAACCGUGUUUUUGUGUCACAGGUCUGCCCUCGUGGUUGCUAUGCUGGUUGCUAUGCUGUAUUGCUAGAACUACAAUGUAGAAUGUCGUGUGAUAGAGGACCAUCCACCAACAGCACACAAGCCGGUCGAGAUGGGUCAGAACCGAACGGCACAGAUGUGAUGUUUUUGCUCCCUAAGGCCUGAAACCCUCUGCACUAAUAUGUGAACGCCAAAUGAUUUUUUACUACAGUCAUGGAAGAGGAAUAGUUAUGCUUAACCAGUUAAACAGACAUAUAACAGGAUUGGGCACAAUGCGGCCCACCAAAAUUUGGGGUUUGUUUUUAUUUUUGUGCAGGGUAUGUUUCUAACGGACCCCCUAAGGUGACAUUGGAGUAAAAAAAGCUAAAGUUUAGUUUCAUGUGCUCACGUGAAACUUUCAUGUGCAGAAUUUUUUUAAGUUUAAGCGAAAGUUUCACGUGCGCACGCGAUAGUUUCACGUGCGCACUACUGCUAAUUUAUGCUCCAUGUCCCUUUAGGGGCUCCGUAGUUUCUAGUCUUACAGCUUGGUUUGUUUUUUGUGUAACUUUUCCCCUGAAAAUUUUUACAAUUUAUAAAAUGCAGAAAAGGGAAUGAAAUGUUUUGUUUGUUUGUAAAUGUGGCCUAAAACAAAUGUAUAAAUUUUUGCAAAAGUAGCAUCUGUCCGUCCUUCGUUUUCAUUUUAACCAAUAAGCUGCGGCCGUUGCUUCCAACGUGCAUUGGCUCCUCCCCCCAGUGUUCUGUGUGCCGAUUGGUGGAUGUUGGCUCACGUUGAUCGUUUACACAGGGUUAUGUCCGUUGAAAUGCCUUAAGUAUUUAACAAUCAUAAUUUAUUACUAACUGUAGAUAUCGUGGGUGCGUAUUUAAUUUUGUAUAGUCUCAUUUUUUUGCAAUGGAAUCAUAUUUUAUUUAUUUAGAAAUAACACAAAAUGAUUAAAACUCUUACCUCAUGUUUGAGUUGGUUUGCGGGAAUGCUUCGCAUGCGGUUGGUCGUGUUCGUGUGUGUAUCUCCCUUUGGUGCUGUGACCUUACUGACAUUCCGCUUGCUGAUUGGUCAGACACGGCAGCGGAGUGGGAGUAUUCUGGGUUUUGAUUCGCUGUCCUGUUUGCACUCUUAGUUUUCCAAGGCCACCCUCUCACUGGCAUCAUUUUAACCACUCUGGCAACCUUUGCAACACAAUCUUUCGUCUCUCUUUUCUCUUUCUUACAUUGUUAAUGUUUACAUGGGCUUUUCUAAUCUAUUCUAUUUUUAAUCAAUGGUUCCUUUUAUGUUUAUCUAUAUCUUCAUAUUUUGCACUGUAAACUCUUUCUUAACUUGUUGGGUUUUUUUUAUUCAGUCACUGACUGAUUCUCUGUGAUUAUGUGCCAAAACCUAGUGAGCUGCCUUCAAGACUGCAUCUAAAUGGCCCUUGUUCACAAUAGAGUAUCAUGUUUUUAGCUUAUGGCUUUUGAAAUCUAUUAAGCAUUAAGGACUGAGUAUACUUCAUCUUUUUACGCGUAUACAAGCAUACAGUCGAACGGGAAACCUUACAAAGGCUGCGUCCGAAAUCUUAUGCCAAGUUCAGACUGCACAAUUUUAUCCCUGAUUUUGAUUCGCCGACAGGUUUUGAGAAAUCGCAGGCAAAUCGGUGCUCGUUCACGCGAGUGACAAUCAAACAGUCUGACCUAUCAAAGACGCGAUCUGAGAGAAUCGCCGGCGAGUCGCAGACACCCGUGAGAUAUCUGGACCUGUCGACGAUUCAAAAUCAUGCCAUGUGAAAUGUAUUCUGACUGAAAAUAACAUCGCGAUGACCUACAGCCAAUGAGAGAGCAACAUUUAGGGCAGCUUGAAGUUCGGGAAGAAGUUUCCCCAACCAUGCAGUUUGUAUGGCAAGCUUCUUCCAGGCUACCAUUUUUAAUAAUAAUCCCAGUCUCACGUAGGAACUCCGGUCUUGCAUGCGUGACCUCGCGUUGUUUCCUUUUCACUUUUAGCGACCUUUUACUAUCCUAGUAAGGUCCAUUGAAUGAACACUUCGUGACCUAGCCGGAAGUAGUAGGUCAUCUGGGUACUUUUCGCCUACUGUUUUUGAAAACCUAUGAAUUCGAACAUACUAUUCGCCUCACCUACUGCUUUUUGCAUACUAUAUAGUAUGAAAACAGGGUUCCCACUGGUCUAUAAAAUCCUUGAAGGUUUGUGAAUCUGGGGGAAAAAAUUCAUACCAAAAUGCUUUUUUGCAUAGUUGUGUUUGACACAUGAAAACGUCUCUGGUUACGUAUGUAACUGUUGUUCCCUGAGAAGGGAACGAGACGCUGCGUCUCCCUUUUCAUACUUCCUGCGUCCCUGUAACGCCGUCUUUGGCAAUAUUUCAGAUAGCGAUAUACUUCCUGACUCCAGCAUCACCCUGUCUUUGUCGUUAAGCCUCACCAUUGGUUAAAUUUGAUAUACACAUUCAAACGCACUUAUCCCUGGAGUCGUCCCCAAAGUGUCACUGCAGUGACGCAGCGCGAGUUCCCUUGAAAGGGAACUAAAACAUUGUAUCUUUAAAGGUAACACAAUGUAACCUUGCUCUCACUUGAAAUGUGUCCCCACAUUUAGUCCUUGAAUUUGAGGGUAUUGGACCUGGAAAGUCCUUGAAAGGUCCUUGAAUUUGAACUUAACGAAGGUGUGGGAACCCUAUGAAAAGUAAGCGGUUUAGGACGCAGCCUAUGAUUGUAAGCAUACACAGGUGUUAGACGCAUGCUCAACAAAUUGCAAUACCUCCACUGGCCUGGAUGCACGUGGACGACUAUUUUCAUAAACUGACAUUUCAACCUCUCCGGUUUCAAAAAUAACUUUGUGCACACAUGUCAGUUUUCAGAAAAUGUUUAUUGACACAUACCCGUGUAUAUAUGCAGUCAAGAGCAUGCCAAACCUCUAGGUGGCGGUAGCUGAAGCCCACGUAAGCCAAUCAGAAUCCGGAAACAGCAAUGAAUCACUUCAACAAAAGUUGCACUUUUGGCGUAGGUGUGAGCUCUGGCGCAUACUGUGACGUUGGCUGGCUAAACAUCCGUUUGUCUCAGUUUACAUGCAACCGUGCAAACAAAGAUUUUCCAAAUCUCCACUCUGGCCGGAAUUUUUAGAAAGAAUCGGAUUCAGAGGCGAGUUCUCCGUUUGCGUGUAAACGAAGGGAAAUGUCUUAAUUUUUCAAAAUAAUCAUGUACGUGUAAACAGGGCCUGAUACUCACUAGGUUUUGAGACUGAUCCUGUAGCUUUCUGGCUAUCUUUCUUUUUUUUCUUUUGGAUUCUCUUUAUCCCUUCUGUCUCCAGGACAUGUGAAAUGUAUUCUUCUUACUUCACUUUGCAAAAUCUCUCUUUCUCUCUCAAUCUCUUACUCGCUCUCUCUCUUUCUCCCUGUCUGAGGCUUGAACUCUUUUAACCCUCGCAGGACAGGGUCAGGACUAACAGAGUAUGACAAAGCACAACAGAUUUAAAAUGCAUGUUUUUCUCAGGUUUGAAUAUAUACGUGACUAAAUAGAAGUAUACAGCUACAUAGAGAAAAUAGAGACUAGCGCAGAUGUAUUACUAACGGUAUUAAAGGAUUGAUUUUUUGCUGCUGCUUGUAUUUGAAAAACAAAACAAAAAAAGGCAUAAAUAAUAAAGUUGUCGUAAAAGUGCCAGUGACAGGGGUGCCGCGUGCUGUGGGUGUUUUUCACUAGCGGAUUUUCUAGCAAAAUAUAGACACAGAUUAUUUAUCAUUCAUAUUAAAGCAAUAGCGCCUCCUGCUGGUGUGACUGCUAGUACGUAUAACUGGUGGAGUAUAAAAAGCGUCUGUGUAAAAUGUUCGAUUUCUCUUUCGGUGGAAUUUUUGUACCUUAUUUAUUACUACUACUAAUGAUGAAUUUAAAAGUGGCAUCGCUAAAAUGUUUUUGGUUUUGUUCUGUUUUCAUUUCGUUUAAUUUCAAAGCUUGUACAUUAUCCUUUUUGUAUGUGCUCAUUUUGUAAUAAAAAAUGGCAAAAAUG